GUUUAAGAUGCGCAAGUUCUUCUCCCGAUCCUCAAGUUGUCGAGGGUCAUCACCAAUAGAGUCCUGCACAUGUCACUGUCCCAAGUGCCCAAAGGAUGCAAAGGAUCAGUGAUCAGCCUGCACAGGAAUAGUUGGGGGCUGUGCCGCCAGCCUUGCGUUGUCGGCAGACUUCUACUUAAAUCCUCCGACCGCGCUCCUUUCGAUCUUUGCAACUGGACAAUGUCUCCUCGAGCCGUCGGGCAAAAAGCUGGGGGUCUUAGUGCCUUGCUUGUAUUGCAAUCAUGGCUCAUGAUUUUAUGCCGAAAGCAAAAGCUUUUACAAGAAUAGUUCAGAGAACUUCUUCGAACGAGCCGAGUAGCACCAACUCGCUAUCGAAUGGUAAAAGCGACAGCCGUCACAACCAUGGACUCCAACGCCAGAUGUGGACUCCUGCCGUCCUUCAAACAGUAUCGCUGGCUGGCUUUGCAGUGCUGUUUGCAGCAAUGCUCAUUGUCAUCGCAGUCCUUUAUUGGCUGUCGAAUCGAAAUGAGGGCCUGAGCACCAGCGAGUCAAAAUAUCAUUACUUGUGGACAUAUGGUCCAACAGCGGUGCUCACAAUUGUCGCGGGCUGUUGGGGACAGGUUGAAUACCGAACGAAGCAGCUUAUGCCGUGGAAGUCCAUGAGUACAACACCAAAGCCUGCACCCCAGAGCUUGUUGCUGGACUAUAUCUCGGACUGGAACGUUCUUGUCAUGUUUCGAGCAUUGAAGCAAUCCGACUGGGCUGCCGCCCUUGCCAUUCUUGGUACUCUGCUCAUCAAACUGCUCACAGUGGUCUCGACAGGACUCUUCAUGCUGCAGGCAGUCCAAAUGGACAAAAUCCCAACUGUUCUUGAGGCACAGGCGAUCUUCAAUGGGACUAUGUACAAUGGCAGUAUGGUUGAUGCGACUGCUGCAAUGACGGUGGCAGGAACUCGGUGGCUAGGUCUCCCGCAUCCAGUGGGGACGACGGAGAAGUAUGCGUUUCAGCCGUUCACCACGUCCAACACACCCCUGGGCUUCGAUGCGGUGAUAUCUGGGACCGUGGAUCUGUUCUCUCCCGAUCUUCAAUGCGACGUCGGUACGGUCACAAAUUGGACGCAAGGAUGCGGGACCGAAAUGUGCGAGUACACUAGACUAAACAUCACACUCAGCACAUCGUCCUGCUCAAAGUAUCAUUUCACAAGCUUCCAGAAAAGCUCAUCCUCGGCAGGUGGAUACUAUGCUGAGGUCUUCUCAACUACGUGUGCGGAUACAUCUAAUGGCUCGAACAAUACGCCGUUAAUUUUUACGGCGGCUCACUGGACAGACAACAGCACAAGAAUCCAAGCGCUCGUCUGUACUCCUACGUAUACAGUCUCUCAGGGGCUCGUCUCCUUGCUAUAUGGGAAUCAGAGCACGGUUACCGUCAAUCCUACAGCUAAUAUUACAAGCAACAAUGCGAUACUGAACGUGUCCCCCAAUGAGCUGGGUGCUGGGCUGAUAUCUACACUUGCGGCCGCCGAAGACACUCUAGACACGCUGAAUUAUGUGGAUACGUCAGUGGGCAGCUUUCAAACCUACCAGUAUAACCUGUCGGACCCAAACAGCUCCUACCCUACCGCCUUCUAUCUAGUCGCGAACCUAUCUUCUCCACAUGCACUGAGUGACCUAUUGGAUGCAUCAGUGUUGAAAGCAGUCUCCCUUCCAACAUAUACCGCGAUGACAGCACAGAUUGCCAGACGAUACCUGAUGUCUUCCUCAAACAUCAAAUUUAAGGGAACCUACUCAGCCCAUAUACAGAGGCUGAUCGUGAGAGAAUUUUCGGUCAGAGUAAUGGAGGCCACUUUAGCAGCCCUCAUUAUACUGAUAGCGGGGUUAUGGACCUGGAGACCUGUUCGCUGUACCCCUCGAGAUCCCAGUACCAUAGCUGGGAUGGCAAGUAUACUGAGUCGGAGCCCUUCAGUGUCAGGUCGGCUUGUAGGUUGCCAAGGGGCCACAGACUUGGUAAACGAAUUAGCAGACGGUCAGUACCAUAGCAAGGCGAGCGAGGAUGAUGGCUGGAGAACUUUUAGUAUCGAGGCAACCAACAAGGCAACUGAGGGUACUCGUACGAGAGUUAGCUCCGGUCCCAUUACCUGGUGGCAACCGAUGUCUGCAUCACUUUGGUGGUGGGUUAUCUCUAUUGUUCUCCCCAUCCUCAUUAUCGCGGGGCUUGAAACUGCCUAUCAAAUAUCCCGCCAUCAAAACGGACUGGGUAAUAUCGAUUCCGAAGGGUAUAUCCGCUACACCUGGGUGUAUCUCCCGGCGCUGGUAAUGCUGGUUACCCGUGUCUUCUUCGAUUGCAUCCACUUCUCCGCCAUGUUGUUUCAGCCCUAUCUGGAGCUACGACAGGGUGGUAUCACAACACCAGGUAGCUUGAUGGAAAAUCACUUGUCAAAGAUGACACCCUUUUCGUUCUGCACUGCAAUUGCACGAAGGCAAUGGGCAGUAUGUGCUACCGCAACCUCGGUCCUUCUAGCUCCCGUCCUCACCGUCGCAGUGAGCGGUUUGUAUUCGACAGAGGAUGUGACAUACAUGCGCCCUGCAUCAAUUGCACGGAUCGACUCAUUCAACUCCAGCAUCAGCCCUCACUCAUCUACAGAUAGCAACCCAGGCAUAGGUCUUACCGGGGCCCUUGUAGUGGCCGCAAACCUGUCGUAUCCACCCUGGACCUACGGCGAACUCGUCAUCCCCACCCUCAGUGAAGAUUCCUUGGCAGAUUCGAAUGGGCUGGUUCAAUUGCAGUCAUUAGCCAAUGGAAGUUCGGACAAUCCAGAUUCACUACAGCUCACCGUUCCAGCUCUGCGCGCGAGUCUCACCUGCGAGGCCCUUGCCGAGAACAUUGUGUACUCCGUGGAGGCCCCGGAAGAGGACUACGAUGUCUGGCAACUUCGAAUGAACCUUGGCAACAAAAGCUCGAAUGAUUCAUUGAUCACAUUGUCAGUCGAAACUGACUACCCCGGGGAGGAAAUCACACGCUUCGGAGUCCUCAGCUACCUGAAAGGCACCUUGGCAUUCGGCGACUACCCCACAUUUAUUGGCUUCUACGGCACCCUCAACGGCAACUCGACCAACGGCUUUCGCGGAUUCACUUGCAACCCAAGAAUCGAUGAAGUGGAUGCAAACGGCAGCUUCAUUCUCCCAGGCCUUCAGAUCGGGUCUCUCAGCGCGAACGACUCGUCCGCGCGACUGUUCACCGAUAACGUCACCUCCGACCUCAGUUUCAGUAACUACCUUCCUCAACCCAUCAACCAAGACAACCAAGCUUUCGACGCGUUCUUUUCAGCUAUGAUCGACGACCAAAAAACGCUGACAAUGGAGGAUAUCACCGACCUCGCCCACUACCCGACGGUCAUCAACGCCACCCAGCAUCUCUAUCGCGUCCUCAUGGCGCAAAGUAUCAACGGCAAUUCGCGGAUCCCUUCCAGCACAAACUCAACCCGAUACAGCGGGACUCUUAUGAACCCAAACGGACUGCGCCUCGUGCAAAGUGCCAUCUCUACCCGUAUCCUGGAGGGAUGUCUCGCAGCAAUGAUUCUGUCCACCCUAGUUGCGUACCGUUUUAUGCGCACCAAGGAGGUGAUCCCCGUAAAUCCAUGCAGUAUUGCCGGUACGGCGAUGUUGCUCGCUGGCUCGGACAUGUUGAAGUCUGAUGUACUGCCGCCUGGGUCGGAGUGGUGGGAUGACAAGGAGUUGAUGAGACGGGGGACCUUUAGUGGAUUGGUGUUUGGGUUGGGGUGGUGGGAAGGGUCCAGAUUCGGGAUUGAUAUUGGGAAGCCGGAGGCGUACAGAGAUUGAAGCAUGUGUCUAUCCUGAUGCGUACGAUGCCAACAACUACCUAGGAUCAUGUUUGAAAUUUGCAAUCUAAUACCGUGAGAUCGGCUUUAAAGUCUACAGAUUUCAACUCUUCCAAUGCAGCUUUAAUUAUGAAAUUGGGGUUAUUGAUUCGGUAAUUUACAUUUAUGUCUUGCUAGA